UAAAAAAAGUUACAAGUUCUAAUAUCAAUUUUGGAACAAAAUUUUGUAACCUUGGAUGCCGUAGCAAAAAUUUGUAAUGCUGUGACAAAAUUUUGUAAUUGUUACAAAAAAUUAUAACUGCAGUACAAACUGUUAUAAUGUGGAUGCAGGUUUUUGUAACCGUUACAAAGUUUUGUAACUGAACCAAAUAUUUGUAACAUUGUUGCUCUUUAUCGUAAACCUGAUGUUAUUUCUUAUAAUUUUAUACAAAGUCUUGCACCCGCAACAAAUUUGUGUAACCACUUACGAAAUUUCGCAACAUGGAUGCUAAAAUGUGUUGCCGACAGUGUUCAAAUUCUGCUCUGAUGGCGCCAUGAGCCCCCAUUCCGUCCGUGUCUCUUUCGGUAUGAAAAUUUCGGUCAGGCGAGGGGGAAGCAGGGGGGGGAAGUCGCUUUCGCAGUCUGUGAGCUGUCGGCGUGCGUGCUGUCUUGCGCGGUGUCCCGGCGCAGGGAGGGCUUGUCUCCAUGCGGUCGUGAUAAUGAAUUCAUCGUAAUCGGGCGAUGCGUGGCAGAAACUCAUGGGUUUCCAACUGAUGCUGUACGGGAUUGUGAUCCUGCAGACGUGUGUUGAUGUUAACUAUGCUGCAUGGAGAGAGACGCCCAGCAGUGUGCCUAUUACCAUGUCUGCCCAGUUGCGCUGCUUUUUUUGUACGUUCUCAACGACUAACUUCACGGAACAUCUCAGCCACCAUUAUCACCAUCGUCACAUUAAUAGACACAGAUUUUACUGUGGCUAUUACCCUGACUGCCGAAGUGUUUUAUCUACAGAGCGUCUGCUCAGACUCCACACUCUUCGUGUCCAUCACCUCAAAGUCAGGAAUUCACAACCUUCAGCUUCAACACCAGCACCAAAUAAUUUUGGUAAAUACCUUUGUUCUGUGUUAACAUGCAGAAAGGAGUUUGAGUGUUUUCCUGAACUGCUGAAACAUUUGAAGACUCAUAUACGCAUGAAAGUUUUUGUCAAGUGCCCUCAUCAUCCAUGCUCUAAAGAAUAUAACCAUCUCGGUUCAUUCACUGGUCAUCUAUCUAAAAAACAUCGUGCUAAACCAUCUGUCACUCCUGAGGUUGAAGCAGGAGCAGUUGAGAAUAAUUUUAGUAAUGAAGAGGAAGAUUUGUUCUCAGAAUCUACUGUUACUGACACUGAUCCCCUGUUUGAAGAUCAAAAUGAAGAUGAAGAUGAUUGCCUUAUGAAGAGUGUUGCUCAGUUCUGUAUGAAGUUGGAAUUCCAUUUCCUUGUACCUGAAAAGACUGUUCAAUUUUUAGUUGAUGAAAUAUUUAAGAUACAAUCUCAGAGCAAAGAGUUUUAUCGAAGUGAGUUAAUGAAGACUUUGCAGUCUGAAAACAUCUCGAUUGACAAAGUAAAUCGCAUUGUUAAGUAUGCAUUUGCUAAUGACCCAUUUACAAAGCAGUAUGAUCAAAAUUGGAAGACUCCUUAUAAACGUAAAAACUUCUAUAAGAAGGCAUUUCAUUUUGUCAAUCCUGAAAAAAUUGAAUAUGUCAAGACUAUUACCAAGAAAGGCAUUACCAGCAAUGUUAAAACAUUCUUUUAUUAUGUGGAUAUUGAAAAGACUCUUCAAUAUUCAUUCACUAAAGAUAAGUCCUUAAACUUGGAUUUAAAACCACCUCUAUCAAGAACUGAUGGGUUGUUGACUGACGUCACUGAUGGGAAAAGCUUUUAAAGAUAACACAUUUUUCCAAGAAAAUCCCGUGUGUAUCAAGAUAAUAAUCUAUCAAGAUGGAGUUGAAAUUGUCAAUGCAAUUGGCUCGGCCAAACGUAUCCACAAACUAUUAGCUAUUUAUCUUUCUAUCUUGAACUUACCU